AUGGCAGACUUAUUUGGACAGAUACAUGCGACUGGCGUAAAGUCCGCAAUACUGUCAGUAGUUGAGCCAUACGCUGAGGAGUAUAUACCAGCAUCAGUAACAACGCAGUACCCCACCGUACUGACGGAACUUCGAGAUGAAGGCACAUUCCAUCUCAACUAUAAAGACCUGCUGGAGAAAUGUGCUGACAUAAACAUUGAGGUCUCCAGUGAGGAAGCAGAACGAGUGGAGGGAGCAACCCGUGAACAGGCUAAUUCACGAAUGUGGUUUCAGUUCAGGUCUGGUAGGAUCACAGCAUCAAAAAUGAAAGCUGUUUGUGUUACCGACCCGACUAACCCUUCGCAGAGCCUGAUUAAAUCGGUUUGCUAUCCAAACAGCAAACCAUUCACGACUGCGGCUACGAAGUGGGGUUGUGAACAUGAAAAACUUGCACGUGGCAGAUUUCUUCAGGAGCUUAGCCAGUUCCAUGAAAAUGUCACUAUUGCGGACAGUGGGCUGGUGAUUUGUAGUGACCACCCGUACAUAGCUGCAUCACCAGAUGGCCUUGUGUGGUGUGACUGCUGUGGUCAAAGCUGUCUAGAGAUUAAAUGUCCGUACUGUAUUAAGGACCAAACACUGGGUGCCUGUAGCGAUCCGAAAUUCUUCCUGAAACCUGGACCAGAUGGACAGGUGAUGCUUGAUGCUAAGCAUGCACACUACUACCAAAUCCAAACACAGAUGGGUGCAGCAAAUUUGGAGGCUUGUUACUUUGUUGUUUGGACGGAACGUGAUAUUCACAUUGAACGGAUCAUGUUCGAUGAUUGUCUGUGGAAGGAAAUGUGCCAGAAAUCGAAGCAGAUUUUUCAACUGGCUAUCUUGCCAGAACUCGUUGGCAAAUUUUAUUCACGGUGUUCAAAUACCCUCACACCACUGACAUCACUGCCUUGUGAUUCCUCCCGAGUUAACCGCCAAGCCAGUGAUGAUAACACCUGGUGUUACUGUGGGCAAGUGGAGUCCGGAAGAAUGAUUGGUUGUGACAAUCAAAACUGUAAACUCGGCUGGUUUCACUACACGUGUUUACAGAUUACUUCGGCACCAAAGGGCAAAUGGUUUUGUCCAGAUUGUAGAAAAACAAUGGCUCUCAUUAAACGCAAAGUUACCAAACCGUGUCCGUAACUCGAAAUAUGUGAUGUAAAUAAAAAUUGUGAUAUUGCUGUAGUUUAGAUUAAAAUGAAUUGUAUUGCAUCGUAGUGUAUGUUUCACGGACUUGUUUCUGACAGUGUUGUUUCUAGCAUCUAUAAGAAAGUUUCUUGGCACUAGUUUUCAUCGUGAUUAGUAGCAUAGACAUAGUGGUGUUUCAAGACUUGUUUAUUUAGUAUUAAUCUAGUAGACCAUAAUUAGGUUGUGUGGAGUCUUGUCCUGUUUUGGUGUACUGCUUUUGAUGAAAAUUACAUUAGUUUGCUAAUCACACAUCUGUGUAAAUCUAUGCUUUAUAUUUAAUCUAUCUAUAAUUCUAAAUCACAUCAUAUACACACCCGUGUACCAAAAGAGUUACAGCCUAUUCAAAAUGGAAAUUUUUAUUUUUAUUCUAAGAACACAACAUGUACUGAACAGCUGGUCGUAUACAUUUAUGUACAACAUCUGAAGUGUAAAUUCUAAGGGAAACUGCAUCAAGAAAUUGUAGACACCAUAACAUCAAAACAUGUAGUGACCCCUCGAUAGGCCACAAUGGAGUUAAGGCAACACCUGUCCGUCUAGUUAAAAUCAACUACUGACUCGCAUAAGUUCACAAGUGCACAACACACAACAGAAAUUUUGUCAAUAGUUGGCAACUCACCAUCUUUGCACAUUAGAAAAUCGAUUGGUAACGUACCUUGUAAUAUUGUAUAUUUCUGCCUAACUAACCCUAUUACUCUUUCUACAUGUAUUCGCACAUGGGCUAUUUUCCUUGUGCUUUCUAUGUCAAGGGGGGAUAGCUGAUUCCUCCCC